CCCAACCCAUGAUUCAUUCAGUUUAAACAAUCAUAAUUUAAGAUAAUCAGACUUAUCAUUACAUCAAACACCUAAAAAUGAAAAGAAAAAGCAAGGCUAAAGUGCAAAGCAAUGUUUAUUUUGUAGUAAAAGGCAAUAAAAUGCACAUUUAAUAUCCAUUUUAUGCAUAUGUAUUGAAUAGUUUCACCAAGCAAUGGCUAUACAAAUGAAUUUAAAUUGCUGUCUCAUUGUUCUGUUACUAGGUUUUAUUUUAGGUGCAUGGUAUGCAAGAGCUUCAAAUGAGUAUAUAUCAGCCAUUGGUGAUCCGGGAAUGAGAAGAGAUAAUCUAAGACUGGCUAUAGAGUCAUGGAACCAAUGCAAUGAGGUUGGUGAUGAACUUCCUAAUAUGGGCAGCCCUAGAGCUGCCGAUUGCUUCGACAUUUACAAGGCUUCUCCGCAAUCUAAAGAUAAGAAUUGCUCCAUCUGCAAUUUGGUGCCAUACAUGUUAGUCCACAGAGUGACAGAAGCAGAUAACAAGUUAGGUAUUGGAGACCCUUUCCUUGGACUACAAGCAAACUCUCUUAACAAUGUAAACCUUUACGCAGCAGAAAAAGAACUUUACUUAGGCUCAAAAUGCCAAGUUGAAGACACUCCAAAUCCAUGGCAAUUUUGGAUGAUCAUGCUAAAAAAUGGCAACAUGGACACUUAUGCAGCCAAAUGUCCUAAAAAUGGUCAGAAAAUAGGACCAUUUGGCCCUGAUACUAACUUCCCCUGCUUUGGAAAAGGGUGCAUGAACCAACCCUAUAUUUAUCAUGACUAUACCACAUUACAAGGGCCUAAUAGGACCACUCUCAAAGGUAGAUUUUAUGGGUCUUGGGAUUUAGAUGGUGAUUUGAGAAAUGGAUUAAUGGGUAAUAAAUCUUAUUAUUCUGUGAAUUGGGAGAAGGAAAUUGGAGGAGGGAGUUGGGUAUUUCACCAUGUGUUGAGAACUUCAGCAAAGUAUCCAUGGUUGAUGCUUUACUUUAGAUCAGAUGCUACAUUUGGCCUUUCUGGUGGCUAUCAUUACCCAACAAGAGGAAUGUCCAAAAUUUACCGAAUGCAGAUACCAGAAUCACCAAAUUUUAAAGUGAGGUUCACUUUGAAUGUAAUAAAAGGUGGGGGACCAAGCAGCCAAUUCUACCUAAUAGACAUAGGAAGUUGUUGGAAGAACAAUGGCCAACCUUGUGAUGGCAAUGUAACUUCAGAUGUUACUCGUUACAGCGAAAUGAUCAUUAAUCCUAAUACAACUUCUUGGUGCCAUCCUGACAACCUUAAUGUCUGUCCACCUUUCCAUACAUUUCGGAACGGAACACGUGUCCAUCGCAACGACACUACUCGCUUCCCUUACGCAGCCUAUCACUUGCAUUGUUCUCCGGGGAACGCGGAACAUCUCGAAAUCCCGUACAGUUUGUGUGAUCCAUAUAGCAAUCCUCAGCCUCAGGAGAUUUUACAGAUUUUGCCUCAUCCUGUCUGGGGUGAAUAUGGGUAUCCAACUAAACAAGGUGAGGGUUGGAUUGGCGAUCCGAAAACCUGGGAGCUUGAUGUUGGUAGGUUGUCAGAAUCACUUUACUUUUAUCAGGAUCCUGGAACUCCUCCGGCUAAACGGCGAUGGAUGUCUGUUGAUUUAGGAACAGAAAUUUUUAAAUCCCCUGAUCAAGUUGCUGAAUGGACAGUUAGUAAUUUUGACAUUCUUGUACCUAAAUAAUAAUAUAGUAACAAUAGAAUUAAAUAUAAUUUUUUAGAGUGGUUCAA